GUACGCUGACGAGCUCCAGCGCUGGAAAAUGUGCCUGGGCAAACACAACCUGACAUUCACUGAAGACACGGAGCGCUGCUUCGGCGUGACGGGCAUCUACCGCCACGAGGGCUUCAAGUACCCUACGGUGCCCACGGUGGAGUUCGACAUCGCCCUCGUCAGGCUGGCUGGGGUGGUGACCCCCAGCGAUCAGAUCUCCUACUCCUGCCUGCCCUCCCUGGAGGAGGUGCUGGAGGGGGGAAAGAAGUGUUACGCCACCGGCUGGGGAGAUGAGACUGGCGAUUCCAUGAAUGCCAAAGUGGCUGAGGCCCUGAACCAGGUGGCCCUGCCGGUGGUGCCAUUCAACACCUGUAAGAGGAUGGACUACUGGUGGUUCCAGGUCAAGACCUCCAUGAUCUGCAUGGGCUACACCUUGCCUGACGAGCUCAAGUCUGUCUGUCAGGGGGAUUCGGGCGGUCCCCUGGUGUGCCAGGACUCUCCCAAUGCUCCCUGGGAGGUGCAUGGCAUCACCAGCUUUGGCCCCAACGGCUGCAUCAUGGACAAGAAGCCCUCUGUGUUCACCCGCGCCUCGGCCUACAUCCCCUGGAUGGAGAAUGUCAUCCGCAGGGACAUGUACAACCAGCACACAUCUGGCUGCGGUGGGCCGAAGGAUAUGACUGGCGAGAGCGGCGUGCUGUCUAGCAUGGGGCACCCGGGCAGCUACAGUAACGGUGCCCGCUGCCAGUGGCACAUCAAGGUGCCCGACGGUAAACUGGUCCACCUGCGCUUCCACAACUUCUCCCUGGAGGACACCCAGCUGUGUCUCAACGACAAGGUCACCAUAAACGACAGCUUAGCCAGCCUAGGUACCUACUGCAGUCACAUGCCCCCUCAGGACCUAGUGAGUAUCGGUGACAGACUGAGCCUCUAUUUCACCUCCAACAACAAGGUGGUGGACACCGGCUUCAGGGCCUCCUGGAAGGCUGUGGAUCCCAGUGAGGUUCCAUGUGGAGGUGUCUUCAGCAGUGAUCAGGGAGAACUCACCUCUCCUAACUGGCCUAAUGACUACCUAGACCAGGCUGUGUGUACCUGGCAUAUCUCCAUCCCCGCAGCUAAGAACAUCCAUAUUGUCUUCACCCAUUUUGAGGUGCAGGCCGUGAACCAGCUGGGACAGUGUGUGGACUACGUGGAGAUCUACGGUGGAGCAGGGCUGACCUCACAAGGUCGCUUCUGUGGCUUUGCCCCGCCCCCUGAUGUUACUGUCCUCGGCAACACGGCUGUGGUCCGUUUCCUCAGCAACAAAGCCAAUGUGGAGAAGGGUUUCCGUGGUUACUGGACCAUUGAUCCCAAUGUGUUCCCCACUCUGCCUCCCCCUCCCGCUAACCCUUGGGACAACAUCACUAUCAGCUGGCCUGAGACAUGUGGCAGCCCUGCUGUGCCCCCCAGUAAUGCUACCUUGAGAGUGGUCAACGGGGUGGAGGCUGUGCCCCACUCCUGGCCCUGGCAAGUCUCCAUGCAGGCCAGCCCGUUCAAUCCCAUCCCCUACAUGCAUGGCUGUGGAGGCUCCCUGAUCCACGAGGAAUGGAUCCUGACGGCCGCUCACUGCUUCAUGGCUCCUCUGGGUAACCCCGCCUAUUGGCGCAUGUGUCUGGGUAAACACCACAUGAACUCGUCCCGGGACCUCCCUUCCCAUGAGGCCUGCUACAAGGUGGACGGCAUCAUCAGGCACAAGGGCUUCGUGUACGAGCAGGACAAGACGGACAUCACUAACGACAUCGCCCUGGUGCACCUGAGCGCUGCGGUCAACAUGACCAGGGAGAUUAGUCCCGUGUGUUUGCCGGUGCCUGGCGCCCUGAUGCCUGCUGGGAAACCCUGCUACGUAACGGGUUGGGGAGACGAGAAAGGUAGCCUCUUCCCUGUUGUAUCUGAGAAGUUGAACCAGGCAGCUCUGCCCCUCGUCCCCUUCGCCACCUGCAGUAAACCAGCCUACUGGUGGGACACCCUGAGACCCUCCAUGAUCUGCGCUGGAUACGAGUCUCCAGACGAGCUCAAGUCAGCCUGCCAGGGUGACUCAGGUGGACCCUUCGCCUGCCAACCCUCGGCCUCCGACCCUUGGGAGGUCCAUGGCAUCGUCAGCUUCGGCGCCUUUGGCUGUAUCAAGGACAAGAAACCCUCUGUGUUCACCAGAGUGUCCUCCUUCAACGACUGGAUCGACGACAACAUGAAGAGGUUCAUCUAUGAGAAGUCGCUAAAUUAAGGCGAAAUCACUGAUCUCAGAACUCUUUGGUUAUGUUGAUUUAGAUGGUAUGGGUAGGAGUUGCUACCUAACCACAGAUCUAGGAUCAGAUUAUAAUGACUCAUCUCAGAACUGUUAUGUCAGGUUGGAUAGUGUGGGAUGGAGUUGGAACCUUACCACAGAUCUAGGAUCAGAUUAGUUUAACACUAUCUAUUAGGUAGGUGGGAAAUGAUCUGAUCCUGUUAGGGCAGCUUCUACUUCCACCUUCUAUACUCAUUAAGGUUUAACACAACAGUAUUUAUACACUGCAGGCCCCAAGAGGUUUCAUAAUACAUUUAACAUUUUAGUCAUUUAGCAGAGGCUCUUAUCCAGAGCGACUUAAAGGAGCAAUAAGUGCCUUGCUCAAGGGGCACAUCGACUGAUACAGUAUUUCACCUAUUCGGCUCAGGGUUUCGAACCUGGCCCAACGCUCUUAGCCGCUAGGCUACCUGCCGCCCCAGUAGGUAGGUAUAAUACACUCCAGCACCACAGUACCUUAUGGACAUUAGGAUUAUACUGUGUAUACCUGUACAGAUGAUUGUGGGAAUACUUUCUGAAUAAUGUCUGUAUAUCAAACUUAUAUUCUCACCAUGUAGAAAUAUUUUAAGUAAUGUGAUCAUGUUUCAUGUUGCAAUUGCUUACAUUCUGGAUCUUCGAAUAAAAUCCUUAUUUUGCA